CCAGACUUGACAAACAACCAGCCUCCAGCGACAAACUCUCUCGCCCUGAAAUCGAUAGUAGCAGCCCCACCACCAAGCGGCUUAGCCUCAGCCUCAGCCCCGCUAUCAAGCGGCUCAGCCAAGAUGCAGAGCAGUCGCUCCAUCGGUGUGGCCAGCACGUCUGGCCGCGGGAGCAGCAGCAGCAGCCUAGCGGCCCCCCAACGCGUGCGGACAGGGCGAGCUCGUGUGGCCCGCGUCCAGGCGUUCGUGGACCCUGACUCCAGUCUGGCGACCAUCCAGACCGUCUCCCAGGUCGUUACUACCUGCUGCAUUGCAGCCGGCGCUUUCAUGCUCCUGAGCAAGCCAGGGGAAUCGCUCCCAGAGCAGGAUCGCCUGGAUAACCGCAACUCGCAACCGUGCCCAGUCUGUGGCGGCUCAGGCUUCGAGGAGUGCCUCUGCUCGCGCUGGUCAGAUGGCGACGUCGGGUGCAACUCGUGCAGCAAGACGGGCUACAUGCGGUGCCGCGGCUGCGGGGGUGGCGGCACGGCUGUGCCCCUGAUGGUCCGCGCUCGCAAGUGAGCGGGUACCACAUGGCGCGGCGGAAGGGGUGACCCUACGCCGCGGGGGCACGACGGGCGCCCCCUGGAGCCAUCAGCCGGCCUGUCAAGUUGCAGGCCGCCGGCUCAGUGUACAAUAAGGGCGCCUGCGUGACAUUUGCGCAAGUGGGUGCGUCGGGGGUGACGCCCCGCGUUCAAGAGCGGUACAUUCAUCCCCAGUAGAACUUGCGGCGCCCCUCGGCGGCCCUGACAUAGGCAGGACAGAUGUCCGUGCAAAGCGUGGGGCGGGUUGGUGACCCAGCCAGAGUGCUGUGAUAGCUCAGGACGGCGGGGAUCCAGGUGUUUUGGUUGGGAAUCUCUCCGUUCAGUGUGUUGGGGCUAAAGGUGUGUGCGUGGUGUCGUGUGAACUACGUUGCGUUGAAUCAUAUGUGGACGAAUCGUGCAUGGGUGUCCGCAUAACAGUAUCACAGAGAGUGUGUCAUGCAUGCAUGCAAGGCCGGGACACCAAGGCGCCAGACCCUAGUGGUUCAUAGAGCAGGGUGCGCAGAAUGGUGCGUGCUAUUGUGUUCAUGUUGUGAUUUAGGCCAAUGGAGGGUCCCUCAUACGGCAGGGGGGCACCGUUGUUGCCGUUAUCGUUGCCGUGCGUGAGGUGGUGGUGCGCGACCGUGCGUGUGGUGGUGCGCGACAACUUUGUGCCAUAGCAAAACCCGAAGAGACGAAAAUCCAUGCGUUUAAUUAUAAAUGGAAAGCCCACAGGCAAGUGGUUGAGAGUAUGCACUCUAAAUUUGAUGGUGUUACUGCGCUGAGUAGUGGUUGCGCAAGGAGAAAGCCAGAAGGUGUGCAAGGGCAAGUGCAGGCGACGUAUUCGGAUUUUCAAGCGGCGGGACAUGUACCGUACAUCUAAAUGUCCGCUGGCGUGAAUGAGCUGUAUCCGGGUGCCUACAUGGUAGCACCACGACGUCCUAUGUAACACAAGUUAUAA